AUGGAUCCAGACCUAUUUGAAGGAGAUAUGGUGGUGGAUGAAAAGCAAAAACAGGAAAUUCUAACAAACACAAAUUCAUUUGCAGCAGUGAGAGGACAUGGUAGAACAUGGCCAUUUGGUAUCGUGUGGUAUGAAUUAACACCAGAAAUAGCUAACAAUAGUGAAGCAAAGAAAGGAGUAAUGGAAGCCAUCGCCAUGUUUCAGAAAUAUACGUGUGUUCAAUUCAACAAUCGAUGGAGGUUUCCAAACAAUCUGUAUCACGGCUACAUCUCUUUUCAAAAGGGAAAAGGAGGUAGUAAUGCACAAAUUGAAACAGUUAAACUUCAUAGUAGUAUUGACAUUCAAUUAGCUAAACCUUUCUUUCAUUGCAGAUGCAGUUCUGAAGUUGGAUAUAAAGGAAAAGGAAAGAAACAUGUUAUCUCGUUAGGUGCUGGAUGCUAUUACAAUAUAACUGUAAUGCAUCAAAUUAUGCAUGUAUUAGGUUUUUAUCACGAACACAAUCGACCAGAUAGAGAUAAUCAUGUAAAAAUCAAUUGGAACAAUAUUGAGAAAGGCUACCAGGACAAAUUCAACAAAAGAUCCAUCAAAGAUGUCGACUCAAGAAAAGUUCCAUACGACCUGCGUUCAAUAAUGCAUUGUGCAUGGAAUGCUUUUGGAUGGACGCUUGGAGAUCUUACCAUAGAAACAAAAGAUCCUUUAGAUAAAUAUGAAAUCGGACAGCGGGCUCAUCUUUCGGUCUCGGAUCAAUAUCAGAUUAACAAAAUGUAUUAUUGCACGCAAAUUGACAAUUUCCCGACCCCUGGUCCAAAGCCAUAUACAAGACCACCGCAAGAAUGUCGAAACCUUCGCCAGGAUUGUGACUACAUGGCUCAACAACUGAAUCGUUGCAAAAAUGGAUGGAAAUACACAAUGAAUUACUGGUGCAAGCGUGCUUGUGGUUUUUGUAAGUCUCCGCCGAAGAUUAAGAAAUUAAUCCCAUUUUAAGUUAAUUUAUUGAAGAAAACAAACUUAUAAGCAUAUUAAUUAUUUUAAAGUUUUGCAUAUUGUACUAUAAUAGAAUUGAUAAUUAAGAAAAAGGAAUAAUAAAAUCGUCUUUUCAAUAAGC